AUGGAACCCCGAUCACCGUCGCCAACCACUGCAACAGAAAGCACCAGUUCAACGACAACGGCCUCACCAUCGACGCCCGCAUCCCAGUCGCCAGCAUCUCCCGGCGAAGAAGUUGCACGAGAAACAGCACGCGAUGCUGGUACGGAAACGGUGAAACAAAAGGUUAAAAGACGUAGUGAGAGGAAACGAAAGAAGAAGCAGAAGAAAAGAAAGCGAGGUUUCGUUUCAAAUCCAGUACCUUAUACUCAUCCUUCAGUUAUAUCUUUACCUGAAGUGCUACUGCUAGAUUUCUAA